AUGUCUGACACUUGCUACAGCCACUCAAAGUUGAAAUCGAGAGCAGCGCUUCGGUCCAUCCACUUCUCUGUUGCGCUGCGGAAAGAAGAGGAAGUGAAAGCGCCAAAUUUUCCCGACUCGGUUACCACUGGCGAUGUUAAAUAUAUAAAGAAAGAAGGCGACGCAGUAGCCAUGGAUGAAGUCGUAAUGGAGAUUGAAACAGACAAGACGGCGCUUCCAGUCAUGUCCCCAGGUCAUGGGAAGCUCUUGAAGUACUUGGUGAAAGAAGGGGAAGCUAUCAAGUCACAGCAGCCAUGUUUUAUAGUAGAUGUAACCGGCGUGGCGCCAGCAGCCGCCCCCGCCGCCGCGCCCGCUGCCGCCCCCGCCGCCGCCCCCGCGCCCGCCGCCGCCCCCGCGCCCGCUGCAGCGUCCGCCCCCGCUCCAGCGCCAGCCGCAGCCCCCGUUGUGUCCACGGUCGCAACCAAAGCUAAAGUAGCAGCGGGGCCUACUUUAGCCGCACAACGUCUCACAGAUCCCACGAAGACGAUAUCAGGCACGCGCACCGAGCAUCCCGUGCCUAUGAAUAAGAUGCGUUUGCGCAUUGCACAGCGGCUGAAGGAGGCGCAGAACACAACGGCCAUGCUUACUACCUUUAACGAGUGUGAUAUGGGGAAGCUCAUGGAGUACCGCAAGGCCAACCUAGCCGCGUUCACGAAGAAGUACGGCGUGAAGCUCUCCUUCAUGUCCCCGUUCCUGAAGGCUUCUGCCAACGCGCUGCUGGACCAGCCCGUCAUCAACGCGGUCAUCAUUGACGGCAAUAUUGUUUAUAGGGACUUCGUGGACAUCUCAGUAGCAGUGGCAACGCCGCGAGGGUUGGUAGUACCGGUACUACGAAACGUGGAAUCCAUGGAUUACCCGAAAAUAGAGCUCACUAUAAACGGAAUCGCGGAAAAGGCGAGGAGCGGCAAACUAACCCCAGCGGACAUGCAAGGCGGCACGUUCACGAUCAGCAACGGCGGCGUGUUCGGCUCGCUGCUGUCCAUGCCCAUCAUCAACCUGCCUCAGUCCGCCAUCUUGGGCAUGCACGCCAUUUUCCAGCGGCCUGUCGCUGUCGGGAAAAAGAUUGAAAUCAGGCCCAUGAUGUACCUGGCACUGUCCUACGACCACAGACUGAUCGACGGGCGCGAAGCAGUGCUCUUCCUCCGAAAGGUCAAGUCAGGAGUAGAAGACCCAACGUCCAUCCUCGCGGGAAUGUAGCGGAAGACCCAGC